AUGACCGUAACAGUGAACUCAGAAGUCUUCAAGACACCUGCUGACAUCCCCUAUGACCCCAGGGGAACCAUCGCAAACCUUACCAAGAAGUGUAUACACCUUACUCAGACGCGCGUUAGAGCCCAAUUCGGUCCGAAAGCGGGGAAGAGAAGCUUUACCAGUGACAGGAUCGUCAUCUUUGCCUCUAGUUGCCUCUUCCUACGAAUCGAACUAACUCGAAAAGCCAAGUCGUCGAACAAGGUUUCGUGCUCUACACAGCUCGAGGAUGUCCUGGUCGUUUUUCAAUGUGUGAUUCAGAUCAAUAUGGUUCACACUGAGCGUCCCGACAACUCUGCAGCACAUCCGACCCUUGAUUUCACCGAAACUCGUCUUCUGAGUUUGCCCUUUGACGAGAAGGUACAACAUUGUACACAUUACAGUGCUUUGCAUUGCCGUUUGCACACCGAAAUCGCAAAAAUUAUGUUUGGUUUUGUAUCGGAUGAGAUGCGCGCGCGAAUCAUUGUUUGCCAUGAUGAGCAACAUCUUUCACCGCAGGAGAUUGCAGGCCUUGUUGGACGUUGCGUCUGGUAA